AGACUCCUUCCACCGCUACACCUUCUGCAGCCGCCAUGGCUGGGAUUAUACAGUGCCUCUUGUGUUCUAUGCUGUUUGGGAUCUGUUCGGCAGUAACGGGAUCUAGGAUUUAUCCGGCCAGUGAAGUUACCCUCUUGGAUUCCAGGUCUGUUCAGGGAGAGCUUGGCUGGAUAGCCAGUCCUGUAGAAGUAGGGUGGGAAGAAGUGAGUAUCAUGGAUGAGAAGAACACUCCUAUACGGACCUAUCAGGUCUGCAACGUAAUGGAAUCAAGCCAGAACAACUGGCUACGGACUGACUGGAUCCCCCGAAGUGGGGCACAGAGGGUGUACGUUGAAAUUAAGUUUACAUUAAGGGACUGUAAUAGCUUGCCUGGUGUGAUGGGAACUUGCAAGGAGACCUUUAAUCUCUACUAUUAUGAAUCAAACAGCGAUAAGGAGCGCUUUAUCCGUGAAGCCCAGUUUGUCAAAAUUGACACUAUAGCUGCUGAUGAAAGCUUCACCCAAGUGGACAUUGGAGACCGAAUAAUAAAGCUCAAUACAGAGGUCAGGGAUGUAGGUCCACUCAGCAAGAAAGGUUUCUACCUGGCUUUCCAGGAUGUGGGAGCAUGUAUUGCCCUUGUCUCCGUCCGUAUUUUCUACAAAAAAUGUCCAUUAACUGUUCGGAACCUGGCCCAGUUCCCCGACACCAUCACAGGUUCUGACACCUCUUCAUUGGUGGAAGUCAGGGGAUCGUGUGUCAAUAACUCUGAGGAGAAAGACGUGCCUAAAAUGUACUGUGGAGCCGAUGGCGAGUGGCUGGUGCCUAUUGGGAACUGCCUAUGUAAUGCCGGGUAUGAAGAGCGCAAUGGUGGUUGUCAAGCCUGCAAAGCUGGAUAUUACAAAGCCCUCUCAUCAGACGCGGCAUGCUCCAAGUGUCCUCCGCACAGCUUUGCUCUUCGUGAAGGAUCCACCUCAUGCACCUGUGACAGGGGCUUUUUUCGAGCCGACAGUGACCCUGCCUCCAUGCCUUGCACUCGCCCUCCAUCAACUCCUCAGAACCUGAUUUCCAAUGUCAAUGAAACUUCUGUGAAUUUGGAAUGGACUGCUCCUCAGAACACUGGUGGGAGGACAGAUGUCUCUUACAAUGUGGUCUGUAAGAGAUGUGGUGCUGAUUUAACCCGCUGCCGGCCAUGUGGAUCUGGAGUUCACUACACACCCCAACAGAAUAGUCUUAAGACAACCAAAGUUUCUAUCACUGACCUGCAAGCCCAUACCAACUACACCUUUGAGAUCUGGGCAGUGAAUGGAGUGUCCAAACAGAACCCUAGUCCAGACCAGUCUGUGUCAGUGACUGUGACAACCAACCAAGCUGCUCCAUCAACCGUAACACAGAUUCAGCCAAAGGAGAUCACCAGGCACAGCGUGUCCUUAUCCUGGCCAGAACCUGACCGUGCCAAUGGCGUCAUCUUAGAGUAUGAAGUCAAGUACUAUGAAAAGGAUCAGAAUGAGCGCAGCUAUCGGAUUGUAAAGACUGGCACACGCAGCGCCGACAUCAAAGGUCUUAAUCCAUUAACUGCCUAUGUUUUCCACGUCCGAGCCCGAACUGCAGCAGGAUACGGAGAGUUCAGCGGUCCUUUUGAGUUCACCACUAAUACCGUCCCGUCCCCCAUGAUCGGUGAAGGAGCAAGUCCUACAGUGCUGUUGGUAUCUGUGGCUGGGAGCAUCGUGUUGGUGGUCAUUCUCAUUGCCGCCUUUGUCAUCAGCAGAAGGCGGAGUAAGUACAGCAAAGCAAAACAGGAAGCUGAUGAGGAGAAGCAUUUAAACCAAGGGGUAAAGACAUAUGUUGAUCCAUUUACAUACGAAGACCCUAACCAAGCAGUCAGGGAAUUUGCAAAGGAGAUUGAUGCUUCUUGUAUAAAGAUUGAGAAAGUCAUUGGCGUAGGAGAGUUUGGAGAGGUGUGCAGCGGGCGACUGAAGGUUCCUGGUAAAAGGGAAAUAUAUGUCGCAAUCAAGACCCUGAAAGCCGGUUACACUGAUAAACAGAGACGGGACUUUCUCAGCGAGGCCAGCAUCAUGGGUCAGUUUGAUCACCCCAACAUCAUUCAUCUCGAAGGUGUAGUGACCAAAUGUAAACCAGUUAUGAUCAUUACAGAAUACAUGGAGAAUGGCUCUUUGGAUGCUUUUCUGCGGAAGAAUGAUGGAAGGUUCACUAUCAUCCAACUGGUGGGCAUGCUGCGGGGUAUUGGAUCUGGCAUGAAGUAUUUGUCUGAUAUGAGCUAUGUACACCGAGACCUAGCUGCCCGAAACAUUCUCGUCAACAGCAACCUGGUGUGCAAAGUGUCUGACUUUGGCAUGUCCCGUGUCUUAGAGGAUGAUCCGGAGGCUGCCUAUACCACCAGGGGAGGUAAGAUCCCCAUCCGAUGGACCGCACCAGAAGCGAUUGCUUACAGGAAGUUUACAUCAUCUAGUGACGUGUGGAGUUAUGGAAUUGUGAUGUGGGAAGUCAUGUCGUAUGGUGAACGGCCUUAUUGGGAUAUGUCCAAUCAAGAUGUGAUAAAAGCCAUAGAAGAAGGCUAUCGUCUUCCCCCUCCCAUGGACUGUCCCAUCGCUCUUCAUCAGCUCAUGCUGGACUGCUGGCAGAAAGAGCGCAGUGACCGGCCCAAGUUUGGACAGAUUGUUAGCAUGUUAGAUAAGCUUAUCCGGAACCCAAACAGCCUAAAAAGGACUGGAUUAGAAGGCUCAAGAACAAACACUGCUCUCCUGGACCCUGGCUCGCCUGAAUGGUCCCAGGUGGUUUCUGUGUUGGACUGGCUGCAGGCCAUUAAAAUGGAGCGAUACAAAGAUAACUUCACAGCAGCUGGGUUUAACAACCUGGAAUCAGUCGUGCACGUGAACCAAGAUGACCUAACCCGGAUUGGUAUCACUUCCCCUGCCCACCAGAACAAGAUUUUGAGCAGUGUCCAGGGAAUGAGGACCCAGAUGCAACAGAUGCAAGGCAGGAUGGUUCCUGUCUGAUUUAAUAGUGCAUCAGGACAAACCUACACACUCUGAACUCUUGAAAAAUUAGUUUACCUCAUCCAUGCACUUUAAUUGAAGAACUGCACUUUUUUUUACAUUAACCUCACCCCGCCGGACAGAGAC